GAGGAGGUUACUCCGGGAGAUGAAGCAGGACACGCCAAGGAAGAGGAGAGAGCAUCGAAGCGCGCGGAUCUUGAUUGGAUUAUCAGGACAGAGCAUCAACUCAGAGCUUCUCAGACUAGGUUGUUGUCUAUGGAGAAACUGCUUUACAGUAACGCUCGAGCAAACUGCAACUAUGCUUUCUGCCCCGACUGUAUCUCUCGACGUCGUGAUGCCCUAUGCAUCUCUAGUUGCUCCGUCGUGCCUCUGCCGUCGAUCGCCUUCCCAGUAUCAUCUCUGAACCCGUAAUCCCACACAAUUUCAGAAUCAAGAUCUCGGUACACCCGAUACAACAUAGUGGGAUGGGCCGUAUACCGCCACUCUAUCUCGAUUAUACGGCGUGCGGCCGGCGUCGGUGCCUGUGUCUUGUGUGCGUCGUGCUCCUGCAGAUGAAGGAGGAAGUUGCUUCGAAACAGCCAGAUUUCGCCGUGGGCGGGACACGAAGGCAGCUUACAUGGAUAAGCCCAUAUGUGUUCGGGAGGGAGAUUGGCAUAAUCGUCGUCAACCUCAUCAUCAGAUUCGGAAGGUGUAGCACGACCGGAAGGUGUAGCACGACCGGAAGGUGUAGCACGACCGGGAGAGGUAGAACGAUCGGAAGGAGUAGGAUUAGAACGACCGGAAGGAGUAGGAGUACAACGACCGAAAGGAGUAGAACGACCGGAAUGAGUAGAAGUAGAUCGACUGGGAGGAGUACAAUAUACACAGAAGGAGUAGGAGUACAACGACCGGAAGGAGUAGAACGACGGGAAGGAGUAGGAGUAGAACGACGGGAAGGAGUAGGANAACGACGGGAAGGAGUAGGAGUACAACGACGGGAAGGAGUAGGAGUACAACGACGGGAAGGAGUAGGAGUACAACGACCGGAAGGAGUAGAACAACCGGAAGGAGUAGAACAACCGGAAGCAGUACAACGAUCGGAAGCAGUACAACGACCGGAAGGAGUAGAACGACUGGAAAUCAAGGUAGUCAUGCUUUGGUAGCGUAGGUUGUUGGGACGGUAAUAGGACUGCUGCACUGAUGGCAGAUGUGAGAGACAGAGCCUUCACAGAUGAUUUUGAAUGCUGAAAAGAAAGUGUGUGUGUAUCGUCGCACAACAUAUUCAUUGUAUCCUCGCCACUGAUGGCCCAAGCUCGAUUCAUUGAAGCUGGGGUGCAAUACAGGAAGCUUAUGAAGAAAAC